AUGGCGCGAGGGCGAGCAGCGGGCGCGCGGGGAGCGGCAGCGACGCGCGGGGCAGGGAGGGGCGGAGCAGGGAGGGGAGCGGUUGAGGUGGGUGGGGUAACGGCGGGCGUGGAUGCGGGGAUGGGAAUGGCGAGAGGGGUAGCGGCGGGAGUGAUCGCGGCUGGAGAGGUGGUAUCGCCGUUCGAGGUGACACUUGGGGGAGGCGGCAUCACUGCGUGGUGCAUGCACGUGCACACCGUGCUCGGCACGCGCCUGCUCGUGCCCGCCGCCCCCACCGCCACCAUCAGCGACCUCCUCCGUGCGUUCCCCUCGCGCUCCCCGUCUCCCUCGCCCCCCACGCCUUCUUCAUCUCCCCCCCUCUCUUUCUCCCAUGCCAACCGCCCCCUUCAUUGCUGCCUUCCUCUGUCCCGCAUGGUGGGGCAGCAGCACGAGCACAUGCACCCGCACAUGGGGAGCAUUCGUUUCGAGUCCGUCAAGGUGUGUGCUUCUGCUUCCCACCCACCCUUGAGGCACGUGUCAUGCCAUUCAUUUCUACAUGCGCCACCCCUCCCAAGGGCACGUGUCACCCCUCCUGGCGCAUACCAGUUCUUUCAAAUCCAUACCUUAAACCCCUCCCUAGAAGUGCUGCGCCAGGCCACUCUGUUUGAUGUCGCCCCACAACUCAGACUGGCCCACGUGUUGAAGCCUGAUGACGUCAUCCUCGCUUUUACUGGGGAUGCUGACGUUGCUGCUGAUGUCAGCGACUAUCUGACACACCACCUUGCCUUCGGCUUCUCCCCGCCGAGUCACGACGAGUCUCCCUUUAGCCCUCUUGACCACCACUCACCAUCUCCUCACCACCAACUGCCACGUGGCAAUCUCUCCAGCAACCACGUGGCAUUUCAGCGUGGGCUGCUGGCUGCCCUCGCUGCUGCUGAUGUGGCAGGGAGGGGGGUGGAGGCGGUCAGCGAAUCAGGAGAGAGGAGGAGAGUGAGGGGGGUGGUGUUGGGGGGAGGGGGAAAGAGGAUGCGGUUGGAGGGGGGGAGUGGGGAGGGGAGGGGAGGAGGCAGUGUGCCCCUGCUGACAGAUGGGGGGGCGGGAGAGGGGGGAAUUAGGGGAUCAGGAGGCGGGGGAGGGGGAGGGGACGCGCAGGUGGGUGGACAGGUGGGCCGUGAAGGGCGUGGCAGGGAGGGGGAAGGGGUGGCGAAAGGGGGGCAGGAACGGGGAGGUGAGAGGAAACGGAGGAGGGAGAGCGAGGAAGAGCAGAGCAUGGGUGAUGGCACUGGUGAGGGGGGAGGUCGGGGGAAGGCAGAUGGGACGAAUGUAGAUGCUGAGAAUGCUGAUGGGAAGAGUGUAGAUGCGGAUGAGAACGCUGAUGGGAAGGGGCUGGGCGAGGGGAGUGCGGAUGUGGGACGGGGAGGGAAAAGACAAAGACGAGCGGAGGGGAGUGAGAAGGAUGGGGUGGUGGAGGGGAGAGAGAGGGAUGGGGGGUCGGUGGAUGGGGUUGAGUUGGAGGGGAGAGGGGGUGGGAAGAGGGAUGAGAGAGAUGCGACUGUGGGGAGGAAAGAGAGGGGUGGAGGGGAUGGGAUGAAGGAGAGUGAAGGGGUGAAGGGGAAAGGGAACGAUGAGGUGAAAGCUAUUGACAAGGUAAAGGAGAAGGACGAGGUGAAGGGAAACGAAGGGAAAGAAGGGAAAGCAGGUGGGAAGGGGAAAGCAGCAGAGGAGGGAGGGCAUGAGGUGGUGGAGGAGGAGAGAGCAGUGAAUGGGGUGAAGGAGGGCCGCGCAGCAGAGGGUAUUGACACGUCUCAAAAGGCGUCACAGAGUGUUGGCGAUAGUGCACGGGGUGUUGGGGUGAAGGGUGGUGGUGGAGAGGAUGAGAGUGGGGAGAUUGAGGAGGAAAGUGAGGAGGGGAGCGAAGAGGAGAGUGAGACUGAUGGUGAGGAGGGGGGAGAGGAGGAGGGAAGGGAGGAGGGGAAAGGGGAAGGGAAAGAUAUGGAGAUUGAGAAAGAGGAAUCAGAGGAUGGGGAAAGUGAGGAGGACGAGGAGACCGAGGGGGGAGAGGAUGAGGAAGAGGAGGAGAAAGUGAGAGUUUCAGAGGCAGAGGCGAACGAAGAGGGGAAGAAGGAAGAUGGUGGUGAUGAUUCGGACACAGAAGAAGAAUCGGACGAAGAGACAGAGGAGGAGGUAGAGGAGGAGGUAAGAAAGAAAGGAAAGGUUGAAGAAAAGGAAGCGAAAGGGAAGGUUGAAGAAAAGGAAGCGAAAGGGAAGGAUAAGGGGAAGUCAGACAAAGAAGAGGAGGAAGACGAGGAGGAUGAGGAGGGGAAAGUGAAAACGUCGGAGGCAGAGGCAACAGAAGAGGGGAAGACGGAAGAUGGUGGUGAUGAUUCGGAGACAGAAGGAGAAUCGGACGAAGAGACAGAGGAGGAGGUAGAAGAGGAGGCAGGAAUGAAAGGAAAGGUGAAAGGAAAGGAAGUGGUAGGGAAAGGUAGAGGAAAGACAGAAAAAGCGGAGGAAGAGGAGGAGGACGAGAAGGGAGGGGAAGAGGAGGAAGAAGAGGAAGGAGAGGAGGAGGAUGAGGAGGGGAAAGUGAAAGCUACAGGGGCAAAGUCGAAGGAGGAGGAGAAGAUGGAAACUGGUGGUGAUGAUUCCGAGACAGAAGAAGAGUCAGAGGAAGAGGAGGAGGAGGAUGAGAAGGAAGAAAAGGAGGACGAGGAGGAGGAAGAGGAAGAGGAGGAAGAGGAAGAGGAGGAAGAGGAGUCAGAUGAUGAGGUGGUGGUGUUGGAGAGCAGUGCAGAGGGAAACAAGGGGCGAACAGACAAGGCUCAAACCAGAUCUUCUGCUGCUGCUGCCGCUGCGAGCAAAGCAGUGGCAACGAAAGAAGCAGCAAGCAAGGCGGAAGGAAAAAAAGCUGACGGCAAAGCAGCAGCGGUGGGUAAAGCAGCACAAGACAAGCAACUAGCAUUGAAGGAAGCAGGAGGCAAACAAGAAGCAGCAAGUAUGGUGGACGGCAAAGGAGCAGACAGCAAGGCAGCGGUGGGUAAACAAGACGGGGAAAGAAAAGAUGGAACAGCAGGAUUAGGAGGGAAAGUUGUUGAUGCAGAGGAUGAGAAGAGUGAGGAAGAGAGCGAGGAGAGUGAGGAGAGCGAGGGGAGCGAGACAGAGAGCGAGGGGGGAGUGGAGGAGGAGGAAGAGGAAGAGAGUGAGGAAGAAGCAGCGGAGGCAGCAGAAGCAGCAGCAGCAGAAGCAGCAGCAGCAGCAGCAGCAGCAGCAGCAGCAGAAGCAGAAGCAGGGGCAGCAGCAGCAGCAGGUGGUAAUGCAGUUCCUGCUCCAGACACAGAUACAGCAUCAGUGUCAUCACAGGUACCCACAGCUGCUGCUGUGGAGCGAGUGGGAGGAAAAUCAUCAGCAGAGGGGAGGGCAGGAGCAGGAGGGAAGGCAGCAGCUGGAAGGGGAAAGACGGUGGGCAAGGGGAAGGCUGCUGCUGCUGCUGCUGGUAAGGCAAAAGGAGCAGAAGCGGCCAAGUCGGGUGCAUCACGUGCAGUAGCAGCAGGGGCAGAAGGGCCGGCAGAGGCAGCGGCAGUGGCGGAUCCAAGACCUUUUCGAAUGAGCGCACCACCAAUGGGGAGCACCUUCCGUUUCCCCCGAACCACUCCCCCUAUUGACUCCGCUGCCCCUGUUGCCUCUGCUGCCCCCUUGCCUCCACCUUCCCCCACACCUGAACCGCCCAGCCCUAUGCCGGUCCUUGACUUGGGAGACAUUCUCAAGAUGAUAAGGUAA